CUUCCGGGUGUCCUCAACGAAGAAAUCCAUCCAUUAGCCUUUAAUGUUUUUAUUUUCUACCGUGACUGAAAGGAAAUUCAGACGCUUCCAAAAUGAACCGGAUUUUCGGACGAGGGAAGCCCAAAACACCACCCCCAAAUCUGUCGGAUUGUAUCGGAAAUGUGGAUGCCAGGGCUGAGUCUAUUGAUAAGAAGAUUAGCAGACUAGACAACGAACUGAUAAAAUACAAAGAUCAACUUAAAAAGAUGAGGGAUGGACCAGCAAAGAAUACAGUGAAACAAAAGGCAAUGCGAGUCCUCAAGCAGAAAAGAAUGUAUGAAGGUCAAAGGGAACAACUGGCACAACAGUCUUUCAACAUGGAGCAAGCAAACUACACAAUUCAGACACUCAAGGACACAAAAACAACAGUGGAGGCCAUGAAGAUUGGAGCCAAGGAAAUGAAGAGGGCUUACAAAGAUGUGAAAAUAGAUCAAAUUGACGAUUUGCAGGACCAACUGGAGGACAUGAUGGAGGACGCCAAUGAAGUCCAGGAAGCCCUAAGCCGCAGCUAUGGCACUCCGGAUAUCGACGAGGAUGAUCUAGAAGCCGAGCUGGAUGCCUUGGGAGAUGAAUUGUUGUUGGAUGAUGAUAGUUCUUACCUGGAUGAAGCCACAGCUGCCCCAUCUAUUCCUGAGGGAGUUCCAAGUGACAGCAAAACAAAUAAGGAUGGUGUUUUGGUGGAUGAGUUUGGGCUGCCUCAGAUCCCAGCCUCAUAAAGCACAGAUGGAGACAACUACUGCACUUCAGCAUCACUUUUACAUGUAGAGUAACAUUAAAACAUUCAAAUCCAUAUUGACCCAAAAACAACAUAUUUGGAGAUGUCAUUACGCUGGGUUGUGUAUUGUUACUACUACCACUCUAGCAUGAGGCCUUGUUACAAACUAAAACAUACUUUCCUCUCACACUGGUUUUAAAUUAAUUUAUUUUGUU